CCCUGACAUCCCCUGAAUUCCAGAAGAAAUAAAGUCUGCAUCUUCAAACAUCCAAAACAUGGAACCUGCCCUUUCCUGAGGUCGCCAGACUUGGGUACCGAUCGUUGGACUCUUUCUCAACAUCCCGUCAGGGGGUGCAUCCCAACUCAUUGACAGGGCACUCUUCAAGCAAACCGUAUUGGCGCGUACCAGGAACCGUAGGUAUCGAACCGGGCCCAUUGGUACCUACCUCUAUUCUAGAUUGGUGUCUUGUAUCAUUGGUCUUCCUGUACCGGGGGGCACCAGUUCGUUAAUUCCACACGCGAAUCCUGCGCUGAGCAGCCUUGAAAGGAGGCUGUGCUGCAUCUUCACUUGACUUCCCAUGACACGGCGGCGGCACCUACUGCGCUAGUAUCCAGCCCACCAUCCACUAUCUCUCCGUACAAUUCCCAACUCCAAUUCAGCUUCCCCAAGUUCCACCUCACGCAUUCGUCUCGUCGCAAAAAGAAACGUUCCUGCGGUCAACAUACCUUACCUAGACUCAUACGCUACCCAGCACUCGACCACAUCCAUCAAAGCCGCAUUACACACGCGCUACCUACUCCGGCCUGGAAUCAACAAGUGCCCGCCGUAUCCGGAUUCCUCCCCCUCGUCCACAUUGAGUCCUCAGAUGCUCCUAUUCCCGCUAUAGGCACGACUCUCCGCCCUUGUCUUCGAAUCCCUCGCUUGUCUCCGCGACACCACCAUCUCACCUUGGUCUGACGGACUGUCCUACCGACAGCGUCCAUUUUCCGGCUCCCGGUCUCCGGCAUGGCGGCUGGCCGCCCCCCUCCUGGGGCCCCGUCGAGCGCUCAACACGACGAUCUGCUGCUCGACUUCGGCAACGAACAACCAUAUUAUGGCGGGGGACAAAGGUCGACUUUAAACGACGACGAUCUCUUGCGACUACACAGCGAUGAUGCGCAAGGCGCCGCGCAACCUCGCCCGUCCGUAUCCUACGAUGACUUCGUCGGCUCCGGGCAAACAACACAACCAACAGCUACAAGACCUAUACAGCCCGCGCCAGGCGCGACAGGCGGCGGAGGCCCAAUAAGUCCAUACCCUGAUAGCAGGUCCCUGGACCGGCAUUUCAGCCAAACGUCGGAUCUCGGAAACUAUCAACGCUAUGCCGAGGACUCUGACGACUACCCUGACGAGAGUACCACGUCCUACUACCAACAUGGCGGAGCUAUCCCCCCGGACUCGGCGGCUGCCCGCGACAGCGCGCGCGCACGGAAUAGCGUCCUGAGCAUGGGUGGCGGUUUGAUCGGUCGUGCCAAGAACAUGCUUGGAAUGGGCCCUGAGGGAUACUCGGAGAUGGACCUCCCCUUGACGGAUCCGCGAGCGACCGCACGGGUAGACCACUCUCACGAGCCUCCUCCUCCCCAGAAGCCAGCCAAGAAGUUUGAUUUCAAGUUUGGGUUUGGGGGCGGAAAGCCGGAUCCAGCAACCCUUGGGCCCCGUAUCAUCCAUCUCAACAACCCUCCCGCCAACAGCCUGAACAAGUAUGUCGACAACCACGUCUCGACCGCCAAGUACAAUUUUGCGACUUUUUUGCCCAAGUUCCUCUUCGAGCAGUUCUCCAAAUUCGCCAACAUCUUCUUCUUAUUUACCGCCGGUCUACAGCAGAUUCCCGGCCUGUCUCCUACAAACAGAUAUACUACAAUUGGUCCUCUAGCUGUUGUGCUCUUGGUUUCGGCGGGUAAAGAGAUGGUCGAAGAUUAUCGGAGAAAACAGGCAGAUAAGGCGCUCAAUAUGUCCAAGGCCCGGAUCCUGAGGGGUUCGACAUUCGAGGAAACGAAAUGGAUCAACGUCUCGGUUGGAGACAUCAUUCGAGUCGAAUCUGAGGAGUCCUUCCCCGCCGAUCUUGUUCUCUUGGCGAGUUCCGAGCCCGAGGGUCUUUGCUAUAUCGAAACCGCCAAUCUCGACGGAGAGACCAACCUCAAGAUCAAGCAAGCUCUGCCAGAAACGUCAUCUAUGGUUAGCUCCAGCGAGUUGAGUCGUCUGGGAGGCAGGAUUCGCUCCGAGCAGCCCAACAGCAGUCUUUACACUUACGAAGCGACCUUGACCAUGCAGGCUGGAGGUGGGGAGAAGGAGCUUCCUCUAAACCCCGAGCAGUUGCUUCUCCGUGGUGCUACUCUGCGCAACACCCCUUGGGUCCACGGUGUCGUUGUCUUCACUGGCCACGAGACCAAGCUGAUGCGCAACGCCACGGCCGCGCCGAUUAAGCGCACCAAGGUCGAGAGGCAGCUGAACACGCUCGUACUCUUCCUCGUCGGUAUCCUUUUGAUCUUCAGCGUGGUCUCUACUGUCGGUGAUCUCAUCCAACGAAAGGUGGAGGGCGAGGAAGGUCUCGCUUAUCUCUUCUUGGAUCCUAUGAACGGUGCCUCGGCUGUUGCUCGCAUCUUCAUCAAGGACAUGGUCACAUACUGGGUUUUGUUUUCCGCUCUCGUUCCCAUUUCGCUCUUCGUCACCAUUGAAAUGGUCAAGUAUUGGCACGGCAUUCUCAUUAACGACGACCUUGAUAUGUAUUACGACGUUAACGACACCCCUGCCAAUUGCCGAACUUCCAGUCUGGUUGAGGAAUUGGGCAUGGUUGAGUUCGUCUUCUCAGACAAGACUGGUACCUUGACCUGCAACAUGAUGGAAUAUAGGCAAUGCUCGAUCGCUGGAAUCAUGUACGCCGACAAGGUGCCCGAGGAUAGAAUCCCGAGUGGUGAGGACGGAGAGGAUGGAAUCCACGACUUCAAGCAACUGCAGAAGAAUCUCGAGAGCCACCAAUCUGCGCAGGUCAUUGACCAAUUUCUCACCCUUCUCGCCAUCUGCCAUACUGUUAUUCCGGAACAGGCUGAAGACGGAAGCAUCAAGUACCAAGCCGCGUCACCAGAUGAGGGAGCGCUUGUCGAUGGUGCGGUACAGAUGGGCUACAGGUUCGUCGCUCGCAAGCCGCGCGCUGUUAUCAUCGAAGCCAACGGCCAGCAGCUUGAGUACGAGCUCUUGGCAGUCUGCGAGUUCAACUCAACCAGAAAGAGAAUGUCCACGAUUUAUCGUUGCCCUGACGGCAAGGUUCGUUGCUACUGCAAGGGUGCAGACACCGUCAUCCUGGAAAGGCUCAAUGACCAGAACCCCCACGUCGACGCCACCCUGCGACAUCUUGAGGAAUAUGCUUCUGAGGGACUACGCACGCUCUGCUUGGCCAUGAGGGAAAUCCCGGAGCACGAAUUCCAGGAGUGGAUGAAGGUUUACGAGACGGCGCAGACGACCAUUGGUGGUAAUCGUGCAGAUGAGCUGGACAAGGCUGCCGAACUCAUCGAGCACGACUUCUACCUUCUUGGUGCCACCGCUAUCGAGGAUCGCUUGCAGGACGGUGUGCCCGAGACCAUUCACACCCUCCAGGAAGCUGGCAUCAAGGUUUGGGUCUUGACCGGUGACAGACAAGAGACCGCCAUCAACAUUGGCAUGAGUUGCAAGUUGCUUAGUGAGGACAUGAUGCUGCUCAUUGUCAACGAAGAGAGUGCGGAAGCUACGCGGGAUAAUCUUCAGAAGAAGCUCGAUGCCAUCCGCAACCAGGGCGAUGCCACCAUUGAGAUGGAGACCCUGGCUCUCGUUAUUGACGGCAAAUCGCUAACGUACGCUCUGGAGAAGGACAUGGAGAAGCUCUUCCUUGAUCUUGCCAUCAUGUGCAAGGCCGUUAUCUGCUGCCGUGUUUCCCCUCUGCAAAAGGCCCUGGUCGUCAAGUUGGUCAAGAAGUAUCAAAAGGAGUCGAUUCUCCUCGCUAUUGGCGACGGAGCCAACGAUGUCUCUAUGAUUCAGGCUGCCCAUAUUGGUGUCGGUAUCAGCGGUAUGGAAGGUCUACAAGCUGCGCGCAGUGCCGAUGUGUCUAUUGCCCAGUUCCGUUACCUCCGCAAGUUGCUUCUCGUCCAUGGCGCCUGGAGCUACCAUCGUGUGUCGAAGACCAUUUUGUUCUCUUUCUAUAAGAACAUUUGCCUUUAUCUGACACAGUUUUGGUACACUUUCCAAAACGUCUUUUCCGGUGAAGUCAUCUACGAAUCCUGGACUCUCUCUUUCUACAACGUCUUUUUUACGGUCCUUCCGCCGCUCGCCCUUGGUAUCCUCGAUCAGUUCGUCUCUGCCCGCCUGCUCGACCGCUACCCGCAGCUCUACAACCUCGGCCAGCGCAACACCUUCUUCAAGAUCCGUGUCUUCGGCGAAUGGAUCAUCAACGCCGUCUACCACUCCAUCAUUCUCUAUGUAGGCGGCUGUCUCUUCUGGCUCAACGACGGGCCUCAAGGUGACGGUUUCCCUGGCGGAAAGUGGGUCUGGGGUACAGCCAUGUAUGGUGCCGUCCUACUUACCGUCCUCGGCAAAGCCGCGCUGGUGACCAACAACUGGACCAAGUACCACGUCAUCGCCAUCCCCGGUUCCAUGGCUUUCUGGAUCUUAUUCGUGGCAGUCUAUGGCGAGGUGGCGCCCAAGCUGAACAUCAGUGUUGAGUACUUUGGCGUCAUCCCCAGGCUGUUCACGAGCCCGAUCUUCUGGAUCCAGAUGCCUACGCUGGCAAUCCUCUGUUUGCUCAGAGAUUUUGCGUGGAAGUUUAGCAAGCGGUUGUGGAGACCGGAGGCGUAUCAUCACGUGCAGGAGAUUCAGAAGUAUAACAUUCAGGAUUAUAGGCCUCGCAUGGAACAAUUCCAAAAAGCCAUCCGCAAAGUCCGUCAGGUCCAGCGCAUGCGCAAGCAACGCGGUUAUGCCUUUUCGCAGGCCGACGAGUCGCAGACCCGCGUGCUCCAGGCCUACGACACAACACAGCAUCGUGGUCGGUAUGGCGAGAUGGCCAGUUCAAGACCGAAUCAAUAAAAAAACAAAACAAAGCAGAAAUAACAAAACCAGCGAAUGGGGUUGCGCUUAAUGUAUUGGGGUGGGAGGGACAUGAAUCAAAGUGUGUAUGGACGGAGAUGUGAUGAAUAGGUGACUGAUGGACUGAUUGAUGGUGAUGGAUGGAUUUAAGAUGAAAAAAAAACGGAAGGAAGAGACAUCUUCUUUGCGUAUCAUGAGGGGGGCACGCAGACAGACUAGGCAGGCAAGCAGGCAUGAAAGGGAGGUAUACGACAACUUAUUUUUAAUCGUUUUCUUAUUCUUCGCUCCAUCUAUGCUUGCGCUUUCCUCUACUGACAUGUUCUUGUGUAUGUGAUGUGGGGAAAGAAAGGCGUAGUAGGUUCAUUGAUUUCUGGUGACGAGUUUUCAACCCUCAACGUGGCUUCAUAAUCCUCUGUUUUCAACAGUUAAAGCACAUACGACCAUACCCACUGGAAAACUCGGGAUCCCGUCCGCUCUCCCAUAGAUAAGCCAGUGAGGGCCAGACUAGUAGUUGGGUCGGUGACGACCAGCGAAUCCCUGGUGUUGUAUGUUUUUGAUCCUGUCUUUGUUUUUGAUUUUUUAUUCUUUUUAGCCCAUUUCAUUGGCCCAUCCUUCCUUCUUCUCUCAUG